AAUAAAUGGAGAAAAUAGCGAAACCUCAGGCUUUCUCAAAAGAAGAGCAGAAUAUCUGAAGAAGACAAUUCGUAGACCAGUUUUUGUCAACUGUUUCAGACAACAAAUCAGCAAUGAACAUUGUCCUCUCAGAGGCUCAAAGACGGGGUCUUUACACAAUCGCUAGUAAUCGAGGGAGGAGUUAUGACAGAGGGGUUCUCGUCAACUAUAAUUUUAACUCGAAGUCGACCAGCAAUGCCCAAUUUACUAAGAAAAUACGUUUUAAAAGCAACGAAGCAUAUGCAAAUAAUACUUUCAGAAUUGACAUCAGCCAAAAGAGUAACCACAAAAUGAAGUUAGGGAAAAUUCCAGUCGUUAAGAGGAAAAAACGUUUGAUCAAAACUAAUCCAAACGCUACAUCUAAGAAAUCCCAGUCACCUUCCAGGAAGUUUAUGGAAAGGGAAAUGCAGAAAAAGAACUUCUUCAAGCUGCCUAUCAUCAAGGGUAAUUCGAACACUGAGCAACGGAAGAAUAAUAAAAGCGUCAAUGUCCCAGAAACCAGCCAAUUUAAAAAUUUAAAUUAAGAGCCUGGAGUCGAGAAAACAUGCAGAAAAGCAAAUAAGAAAGAGUAUGGCAGUUCAAAUGGCACUCAAGAAGAGAGUGCUGCUUGAUGAUUCUUUUGAAACUGAUUCAGAUCAGAGUAGUGAAAUUGAUGUACAUAAGUUAAAAAUUAUCCCUGGAGCGAAUAACAUCAAAAUUCAUCAAAUCUAUCUCAAUCCAUCCAACAAGAGGCUUCAAGGAAAGUUAUUUGAUAUCUUUAAGAAGAUUUGAAAUAAGUCUGCAAGUAUCUCUGAAAAGCAGCUAAAGUUUGAAAAAUAACGAUCUAAAAGCCUAUUUAAUGAAAAGAUAUCCACCUAAUAUUUGAGAGGCCUUAUUACAGUGCUUUUCAAUCUCCCUCCCGGUUGAUUUCACCCACUUCGUUGAGAUGAUGGAGAGCUACAUGAAUCUUCCAAUGGAGUUGCAUAAAUACAUAGCAUUUGAUGCUUAUGAUACAAAUGAUGACUCCAAAAUUGGGGAGUAUGAUCUUUUUAUCUUGAUAAAGAACCUCUCUGAUGACAUCUUCCUCACCAAAGUUUCGGAAGACAUGAAAACCAUCUAUAAUCUCAUAAAAAGCAAGAAAAAAGUAGAAGCUCUAAGAUCGAGACUCAAGUUAAAAGAAGAGCGUAAAUCUCAGCAGAGCUCUCUCCACAGCUCUUAUAACUUCUCAGCUGCUCAUAAGGCACAUCUUAGAGUGCCUAAGGGAACUCUGAAGCUUCCAGACUCCUUAAGUAUCCAUGAAAACUUUUCUCCAACACUGAUUACUCUUAAAGAACAGCAAUCCCGAAGCGCUUCGCCUAAAUCUAUUGUCUCAAAGAAGCCAAAGAUCAAAAAUACAAAGAAGUCAGAUUGGAUGCCUCUACUAUCCAAGGAAGAUACUAAAAGUGAAUCUAUUACAGUAGAAGAGUUUCAAGCUCUCAGGUUUGAACACAAGUGGCCGAUGAUAAUUAUCGAUUUCAUCAAGUACUUAACCAGCAUUGAUCUUAUCAAAAGGAGCACGGGUCCUGUCAAGAGAACACCAGAACGGAUUUUUGAUAAGAAGAAAGCAAGCGAGAUGCUAGAAAAAGCCAAAGAACUUGUCGAUGAGACUACAUUCGUGGAUUUCCUCGAGAUUUUUAAGACUUUGGUGCACAACCCACAAGAGAAAUAUGAAGAACUCCUGUUUAUUAAUUAUGAAUCUCUAGACACUAAUUUGGUAAAAAUCUUAGGGUAUGAACAGCCUCUCUUCACAAAAAUGCUGUAUUAUUACCUUUCAGAUGGCUACGAUUACAAGAAAAUAGUGCUUUAUGACUUUAUUGAGAAACUAUUGCCGUUCUACCAAGUAAACAUGAGGGAAAUGAACAAAAAGAUUAAAGAAAUGUAUGCCAUGCAUAAAGACAAAGAGGUAUCUAUAACAACCCUCCUGCAUGCACAAACCCAAAUAGAUAGUGAUUGCCAGCUUGGGGAAGAGGUUCAUUCCCUUACAAACGAAUAUGUAAAAUUUCUGCUUAAUAACCACAAUAACGACAGAGAAAGAAUCAUCAAUCAUUUAUUUGAAAUUUAUAUGCCAACUAGUUGAAUAAUCAGUGAGCUCUGUAUCAACUUUUUCAAACUUGGCCGCAGUUUCAUUAAUUUCCCUGUGAUAAGAGAUCAGUCCAUUCUCAAGACUGAGAAAAAACAUCAAAAACUUAGCCUUCCUUCUAAGAAGGAUCUCUCCAAGCGUACAUACGAGAAGAUAUUGUUAGAAUUUGUUGAUCCAAAGGCAGCUAAAAUGCUCCAUAAAUCAUUCGGCAAGUUGUAUCACAAAUUUGAAUAAAUUUUAAUAU